CCAGCACGCAACGACAAGAUGAUUGGGACCCUUGACCUGUCGAUCGCCUGCGCUUUUCUGCCGCCGUGUUGCGCGGCGUCAUGUCUCGCCCUUGUUCCUUUACCUAACCCGUCUCCCGAGAUCUGCACCAGAGCUGUCACGCCCUUCUAGUGCCGAGGGAGCAUCCGUGACAUCUUCAACCUCGAGUCCUCUGAAGGCCAGGCACUUACACGCCAAGCCACCCACCCACCAUGGGUAGCCGCUCACCACACUACAAAAACGACCCACCGCUGGUCCACGACGACACGGUCUAUGGCGAGCCUUCUGGCAGCGAUGGUGACCUCCGCGACAUCGACCCGGAGAGCGGUGUCAAGCGCGGCCUCAAGACCCGCCAUCUCUCCAUGAUGGCCCUCGCUGGCAUCAUCGGCCCGGGCCUGCUUGUCGGCACCGGCGGCGCUCUCUCGUCUGGAGGCCCGGCCGCCCUCAUCAUCGGCUUCGGCGUCAUUGGCAUCGUCGCCUUCAGCAUCAUGCAGUCUCUGGGCGAGCUUACCACCUUAUACCCCAGUGGCGGUGCCUUUACUACGCUCGCAGACCGUUUCAUUGAUCCUGCCUUCGGUACUGCCGUUGGGUGGAACUACUUCAUCAUCUGGUUCGCAGUGCUGGCCAACGAGUACAAUGCCGUCACCUCUAUUCUCGUCUUCUGGACGGACAAGAUCCCGGUCUGGGGCUGGUUUUUGAUCCUGUGGUCCAUCUUUACUGGUUUCCAACUGCUUGGUAUUGUCGCAUUCGGAGAGGCAGAGUUCUGGCUCGCCCUCUUCAAGCUCCUUGGUCUGGUGGCCUUCUACAUCUUUUCCAUCGUCUACGUCUCCGGGGGUAUUCCCAACAGACCUGCGUUUGGGUUCUUGUACUGGCAUGAUCCUGGAGCUUUUGUGUCUGGAUUCAGAGGCGUUGCAGAGGUCUUUGUCUUCUGUGCCACAUUCUAUGCUGGUGUCGAGUCCGUCGCAGUGGCUGCGACCGAGACCGCAAAUCCUGGACGUGCUGUCCCUCUAGCCAUCCGUCAAGUCUUUUGGCGCAUCCUGUUCAUUUACAUGGGCGCGGCUCUAUUUUUCGGCAUGACUUGCCCGGCCGAUGCGCCUCAGUUGACCGAGGGUGCAAGCCGAGCUUUGCUCAGCCCAAUGACUGUGGCGCUUCAAAAUGCUGGCUUCGAGGGAGGUGUUCACCUCAUCAACGCCUUUAUUCUUGUCACUUGCAUCUCGGCCAUCAACAGCUCGAUCUACAUUGCUUCGCGUACACUGCUGUUCAUGGGCCAGACUCGCAAGGCACCCAAGUUUUUGGGCUGGACUGACAAGCGUGGCGUGCCGAUUCCCGCUAUCGUUGUGGCGAACGCUUUUGGGGCGUUGUCCCUUAUGAACAUCAGUACGGGUGCUGCUAAAGCCUACUCGUACAUUGUCAAUUUGAGUGGUGUCUCCACAUUCCUGGUCUGGGGUUCAAUCUCCUUCACGCACAUUCGCUUUCGCCAGGCAUGGGCAGCUCAGGGCUAUUCACCCUCUGAGCUGCCCUUCAAAUCCCUGGGCUACCCGUACAACCCUUGGUUUGGUCUCGGAGCAAACAUCUUGUUGGCGCUCAUCCAAGGCUGGACAACUCUGGCCCCUUUCGAUGCUGGUCGAUUCGUAGACGCCUAUGUCCUGCUCGUCGUCUUCCCCAUCAUAUACUUUGGCUACAAGUUUGCUUUCAAAACGAGGUACUGGCGCGUCCAUGAGAUCGAUUUGAACCUUGGCAGGCGCCGUGACUUGCAGGCGAAGCAUGUCGACGAGGAUCAUGUUGGUCGUCGCCCGAGUCUCUGGCAGAGGCUGUGGAAGAACUUUUAGAUGUCCGAUGGAUCUCGUCUAGUGUUGUGCAAGAGAUGAUUUGUAGGGGGGGGUCUAACUGGGCAGUUUGUGUAUCUUUCUCGCUCACGUGCUUCUACAAACGUAACAAAGAUACCCGGCAUUCUUACGAUGUCGCCCAGGAAUUUUGAAUAGGGUCGCCGCCUGACUGACGGUGUUGGUCCCAAAAUACUUCUUCUCGUUGGAAUGCAGAUUUGUUGCCCUUGGUUAUUCACAAACAUAGUUCUGUAACGAAGAACCAUUUCUCGGCU